ACAUUUGUUUCCCAGGAAAAAAAAAGGAAGAAAAAAACCCUCAUCCUCCCCACCGGUGUGAGAGACGGAGACAGAGACAGACCUCAGCUCAGUCCUGCGGCUCCCAUUGGCUGGCAGUUUGUACAAAAUCCAACUCGAACCACUUCACUCACAACACACCAACAAAUCCUAAAGGCGUACAUGCAGUCUCCUCCAUCACUCUACCGCUGUCGCACCGCUUCUAAACCGGAUGCAGACGCUCAACCUUUAACUUUUAUCCUUUUAUUUUAGCUGUUCUUCUGCCACUAAAGAAGACGACUGCCUCUGCUUCUACUUGGUUUUCGAUUGUUUUACGCGCCAGGACGCCGUUUAUCACCACCGAGUUGUAUUUUUUUCUCCAGGAGGAAACCAAGUAGACAAAGAACUUUACAGUCGUCGAUACCAGGGUGCCCGGUGUAAGACGGACCACACGGCCAGCAGAGUACCCCAAGUACAUAUCGGGAGCUCCAUCCAUUUUUCAAAAUUUUUUCCAACUUCAGCCCUCAGACAAACAUUAGCAUGAUGUCGUAUCUAAAGCAACCACCUUACACAGUCAAUGGCCUCAGCUUAACUACUUCCGGAAUGGACCUUUUGCAUCCAUCAGUGGGCUAUCCAGCAACGCCACGGAAGCAGAGGCGAGAGAGGACUACUUUUACGCGCGCACAGCUCGACAUUUUGGAGUCGUUAUUCGGCAAAACUCGGUACCCGGACAUAUUCAUGCGCGAAGAGGUGGCGUUGAAAAUCAAUCUACCUGAGUCCCGAGUACAGGUCUGGUUUAAGAACCGGCGGGCAAAGUGUCGCCAGCAGCAGCAGCAGCAACAGAACGGGGGCCAGAACAAGGUGCGACCUGCCAAAAAGAAAAGUUCCCCAACCAGAGAAGUGAGCUCAGAGAGCGGGGCCAGCGGCCAGUUCACGCCCCCCACAAGCACCACCACCGCCCCCGUCAUCUCCACCACCACCGCCGCCCCAGUGUCCAUCUGGAGCCCGGCGUCCAUCUCUCCGCUCUCAGACCCCCUGUCUACCUCCUCCUCCUGCAUGCAGAGGUCUUAUCCCAUGACCUACACCCAGGCCUCGGGCUACAGCCAGAGCUACGCCGGCUCGACGUCCUACUUCGGUGGCAUGGACUGCGGCUCUUACCUCACUCCCAUGCACCACCAGUUGUCAGGCCCCGGCUCAACUCUCAGUCCAAUGAGCACAAACGCGGUCACAAGCCAUCUGAACCAGUCCCCGGCGUCCAUCUCCACCCAAGGCUACGGGACGUCCGGCCUGGGCUUCAACUCCACAGCAGACUGCUUGGAUUAUAAGGACCAAGCGGCGUCGUGGAAGCUGAACUUCAAUGCAGAUUGCUUGGAUUAUAAGGAUCAAACUUCCUCGUGGAAAUUCCAGGUCCUGUGAACAGAGCAAUCAGCUGUCAAAAAAAGGUGCACAAACAGUGACGAUCACAUCAGACACGGCGCUACCACCCCUCAAUAAAACACAUCGGACUGGUUAAAAUGUCAGCCGGGCUCGGCGAGGCAGGGCUCUCAGGGGCCUCGGGUUGUUGGCAUGAUGGUCUUUGAUCCUCCUAGAGGAGAGGUUUAAUUUAUUUUAGCACUGGCUAAGAGAUUUUUUCCGUUCGUUCACAGGUUGUAGCCCCUCCUCCAUGUCUGUCAGUGUGUGCCUCUAUGCGUAAAAACACCUGUUGAGGGCAACACAGAAUGGACUGAAAGAAAAGUACACCACAGCCACGGAACUAAUGUUUACCCAAGAACAUAACUCACGUUCAUUCUCCUCGUGAAGGGCUCGGGCUGGACAGACCUCCUUAAAGCUUCUACACAACUUUGCCGACCUGCUGGCAGAGACAUGAGGAUGGUGUGUGGACAUAGAUGCACUACUUUAUUUAAGAAAAAAAAGUGUUUAUAAGGAAUCAAUAUGUAGUUUCUAAGAGACAAUCAGUGUGUGUCUUAUAUAAAUGGUACAUAUGUGGUUUUUGUUUUUGUUUUUUUUAUCUGUGCUAGCCUUCGAAACUGUGAUCUGUUGUAUUGUAUGCAAUUUGUGAGCCCCCCUCGCAUCAGACUCUCUGCUGUGAUUUUAAUAGAUUUCUAACUUUUUUUGAACAACGAAAGAUGCUAAUGGUUAAAUGACCGGCAUCACAAAGAGAGACGAGACUUUCCAAGCAAAUGGUAGAUAUAAUCAAGAGUUAGCCAUACCGGAAAUGACUCUCGGCUGCUGAGAGCUCCACACUUUGCUCCCCUCCAUUGAUCUCAACACACGGUGAUGGUGGAUCCUUAACUGGCUCCAAAGAUGGUGUGACCUCACCGCUGAAAAGACAUGAAUAAAGGUCCUGUGAGCUUACUCUUUCAUCAACAAACGAUCUGUGUGUGUGUAUGUGUGUGCGCGCAAGCGCGUGUGUGUGGUGGGGAGAGAAAAUGGAGAAUGAACAAAGUGACAGGCAGUGUGUGCAAAACAAAGAGUGUAUUUUCAAUAUGCUUUAUUUGAGGUACAGGAGUAUUAUGUGUUAUUAUAUACAUAAUUACAUUUAAAAAUCAAUAGUCGAAAAAAAACAUGAAGGCACAUUUUACCUUUUAUCAAACGAAAUAAUAGUGAUAAAAACCAACAGAACCUCAACUUAUGAUGACGAGAAUUUUCAUUGCUAAAAGGCAUAACUUCAAAAAUUAGACUUAAUAUUUGAGGGUAAAAUAAAAGGGAAAAAACUCACUGAUUUAAGAAGAACAUGAAGGCCUAUUUUCAAAAAAUGGAGGACGGCAGUUUUGCAUGUGCGUUAAUUAGACCAAUAAUUACCGUCUCUUGCUUCUCAAUGGCGACCACACUCAUGCAUCAUUAGUUACUCAAAUAUAUGUGAUAUCAUCAAAACGCCUAUUAACACAAUGCGGAUUUAAAUUACAUGUAUCGAUUGUAUUCCAUAGUAAUAUAAUAAUAUGGGACGAUACAUAAAAAAAUAUGUUAAAGUUCUGUUUACAACAAAUAGUCGAAUUAGUCAAACGCUUACAAAAAUAUGGGGUCGUAGUUUAUCCUGUGCUCAGAUGGCAGAAUUAAAAAAAAAUAAGAAAGUUCCCCUUUCUUAGUUCAAUUCAGAUCGUCUCAACAAAGAGAGUGUGCGGCUUGAGAAAGCAGAGUUUAAUCCCGGCGUCCAAGAGAUGUUAAUCCCAAUAUUUUACCGGCGGGGGGUUCUCUGAGGCGCAGGGGCAGCAAGGCCUCAAUCAAAGCCCACCACAUGGGUUUACAUGCCUGAUUCUCAAAUGUGCGCUCUAAUAUGAAGCCUGCUAUUUCACCUAACAAACACACGUUGAUAUUUCAUUAGCCAUCAAGAAUCUGCACCAACUUGCUUCACUUAUUGUGUAAAACCCUGUAAUGCAUCGGAAACACUGCAGCAAAGCUGUAAAUCCUCAGGGUUAACUUAACAAAAACUGAGCUGAAAAUCACUGCUCUUAUUGUUUUUACUGAUGCUUUUUGGUAGCUGGCAGUGUAGGUGAUACUUUCUGUAAAUAUCAUAUUUACAGAAAUUAUCACUGCUGAGUGGUGAAUUUAAAAAGUGAGAAAUCUGAAGAAACUCGGCACUAAAACCCACAAAGUCACUGCUUACAGCAACGUUGUGUGCUGCAUUUUUCAUUUGAACCUGAACUCAGAAAAAACUCGAUAAUAAUAUUCCUAAAAAAAUAUGAUAUGACUUUUCACGAGUGUAGAUGACUUUGAAAUACUUUAUACAGGAUUACAGCUUUUUCACUUGCAUAAAGGGGUUAUUCACACAUUUCAUGUGACGGUGCACAUGAGAGGUUAAAGCUUCUUAAAAUAAAUCCGAGGAGUCAGAAGGUGAAGGCUGCUUUUUUAAAUGUAAUUAUUUAUUAAUUUGUUUAAAGGAGCGUUUGUUUGUAUUUACUUUUUUUGCCCAACGUUACUGUCAGCUUGAGGAGACAAAAAAAGUCAGACCGGCUCUGGGAUCUGCAACGAGUCGACAUGGCUCUGCAGCGGGCUAAUUGUUAGAAGUCCAACAUUCAAUUAGCAUCCUUGACAUUGCCAAUAAUCUCUCUUUCAUUGGAGUCUCCGCUAAAGGAGCACACUAAUUAAAAGCGUUGCUUGAAAUAAUCGAAGCGUUAAAGAGGAGAGCGACUUUGAUUCCACUCCUGCGUGGACACAAAAAUAGGUGCGUGUGUGUGUGUGUGUGUGUGUGUGUGUGUGUGUGUGUGUGUGUGUGUGUGUGUGUGUGUGUGUGUGUGUGUUAGGCGGUUGGAUUGUCCUUUUGAAAGACUAAAUUAUACAAUAACCCGUAUCCAUAACUUAUUCAAGGGUGACGCAGAAAUAGCUGUUUAUAUCCGGGUCCUGUUGGUGCCUUUGCUCUUUUAGUUUAUCACACAGGCCAAUUUUAACGUUCUACUAUUCAAGAAUCAGUUAUAAUAUCGCCACAAUACAGCGCCAAGUUUAGCAACACACAUGCAUCGUUAUGGCGAUAAACAAUGCCACAAUUGAACUUGGAAACAAUGGCCGUGGCUCACAGAAGCCUGAAUAUUCAUGAGACGCGUCUCCUCUCGGUGUCAACAACUCCUUCAUCCAGACUGCUCGAGCAAAAGAGAGGGAACAAGUGCUUCAGGCUGCAGGGGUCACUUCCAAAUGUCAGCUGUAGAAAAACAACCAUUUCUAACGACUGAGAGAGAUGCAUCGAGUGACUGAAUGAAGAAAGAACCACGAGAAAAGUUUCAAAAACUCCACCCCCAAAAAAAUGUAUAGCUCUUACAAACAUCUCUCAAUAUUAGGUGGUAGGCUACCACAUUAUAAAAUGAUAUCUAGUCACUAUAAACUGCCAAUUAGGAAGUAAGGCCCCCAUAGAGUGAUUUAAAGAGUCGCCGUCCGUGUCACUUUACAUUUCCACGCUAAACAAUGCACUCACAUGGCCCUAAUCAAUGCCCACUGCUAUCAACUGAAAUACAAUGGCUUCACCCCGCUUGUUAUUGUAACCUUGGAGCCUCGUGUCUUCAAAGUGCACAAGUCAUGAGGAGGAUUAGACAUCCGGCCUCCACAAUGCUUCAUACAUACAAUGAGUUUUAAUCAAGACCAAAGCAGCGCUAAGGAGCAUAUGGGACCAACAGACGCUGCAUUAAUCCCUCUUGGUUUUUGUCUAACAGCGCCCCUCGUCCCCCGGUCUGGAUGCUGUCCGGUCGGUCUCAAACACGAGUCCUUCUCCGCAAUACAUCGGCCUGUUUAAAGUUGAUGCAAAGCUGCAGCGCCUGCGGGGAGGGAGGGAGGGGGUAUUCACCGAGUAUGUGGUCUGAUCAUCAUUUAUGAAAAUUAUAUCAGAGUUGAGCAGGCAAUCUUUUUUUUUUUUUUUUUUUUACAAAAUAUCAUUUGGAAUCAAUCCGCGUAUCAUAGUUAGGAUAAUGGUGAUUGUGAGAGCACGAUUCCAUCAAGGUCCUGCACAAGUCUGCAGGUGUUUCCCCUUAAACCAAGUAAUCCAAGUCACACGAUCUACUUUUGCUGCUGUCGCUGGAACUCAAUGAAUGAAGCGUAAGUAUAAGGGAGACGAGAGGGCAGAAUGGUUGACAAAAAAGAGAAGGAGAGAAGGACACCUUGAAAACUGCCCAGGAAUGUGGGACAGUUUGCUUAAAAAUGUUUGUUUUUUUUAAAGAAGAGGAAAAAAAGAUAGUAAUAAUAAUUAAGAACAAUAAUUAUUCAUGGCUCUCAAUAAAAAACAUCAGGCAGUUUAGAUUGAAAUUGCCAAAUUGCUUUUAGAUCUUACAACUUGUUUGGAAGCCUGUAGGGUGCAUGAGAUAUACAGUAUAUGCAUGUGUAUUUAUUGUAAUGAAAAUAAAAAUUAAAGCAAUAACGUAAUGAUGUGGAAAAUGUGCCAACAACUAAUAAAAAAAAAUAAUAAUAAUAAUAUUUUUUAAGCUAAUCCAGCAGAUUCCCCUUGAAAGUGCUUAUCCAGGCUUAGUCGACAUUUUCUGAAAUUAUUUAAGUUUGUGACAUCAUCAAUGAAUUUGAUAAUCUUGUCAAAGAUUAAAUUAAAAGGGUUUUGUAUAGCCCUACAUAAUAACAGAUUUAGACGUUUUAAAAAAAUGAAGUCUAAAGAGAUUUGAAGUAAGCGCAGUAAAAAGCAUGUUAUUUUAAUUUCUCAGACU